AUGGAGGCCAGCUUGGAGGAGCCUAUCUACAGAAAGCAACUACCAGUCAACUGUGUUGACUUUACUUCUCGUGAAGGCAAAGAAAUCUUCACUGAGGCCUUAAGAUCGGGACAUAUGGAGUGCUUUUUUAAACUAGUGUCCCAGUUCCGAACUCAGGACGAACCGCCGUUUUGUGGAUUGUCCACUCUUGUUAUGGUGCUCAACGCUCUGUCCGUGGAUCCAGGCCGGGUCUGGAAGUUUCCAUGGAGAUGGUACCACGAAAGGAUGCUAGCUUGUCGUUGUCGUUGUACCUCAGUAGACACUGCCGCCGUAGAUGGAAUUACUUUGGACCAGUUCGUCUGCAUAGCGGAAAACAACUUCCUCAUGGCGAAAACCAGGCGUGCCACUGCCGAGUUGACAGCGGGCGAGUUCCGAGAUGUGGUCAAAUGGGUCACGAGACAAGAGCAGACGAUAUUGGUGGUUACAUAUUCCCGCGAAAGUCUAAAUCAGACGGGCGAUGGUCACUUUUCUCCUAUUGGUGGUUAUCAUGCCGACAAAGACUUAGUAUUAGUAUUGGACACUGCCAGAUACAAGUACCCUCCUCACUGGGUACCCCUCCCCGCGUUGGUGACGUCAAUGAAAGGUAUAGACCAGGAUACGGGCAAACCCCGGGGGUUCGUCCUUCUAUCCAAGGGCUCCACACACCAGCACCGGCGACGUACAUCAGAGAAAUGCACAGCUGUCAUCGCUAGCUACGUUCAGAAACUCGUGUCCUUCCUCUGCUCAGAACAUUCCAAGUGGCACCUCCAAAUUUGGUUAAAAGUUUUAUUCGGUAUUUAA